AAUCAGAACGGUCCACGAAACGUUCGGUAUCGGUGGGAUGCCGCCAGUGCAUCCCGAGAACUUUAUAUGGAGGUGAUAUAGUGCGUACGUGUAACGUGUAGUUCGUGUGCUUCUGUGCUUUGCUAUAACGGAAAAAGUGAAUGACUGUUAGCGAUGUCUCGAGUCGUUUGUGAAGUCUGCAGUAAAAUGUUGGGGCUUUUAGGUUUUUUGCUGCUAGUUACUGGGACGAAUUGCAUGUAUGCAUCCAAUUCAGCUGUCAUCGAUCUUAGGCCAAAUAAUUUUGAUAAUUUAGUCUUAAAUAGUGAUCACAUUUGGAUGGUUGAAUUCUACGCGCCAUGGUGUGGACACUGCCAACAGUUGACACCAGAAUAUGACAAAGCAGCUACCGCAUUGAAGGGUAUAGUAAAAGUUGGUGCGGUAAAUGCUGAUGAGCAUAAAUCUCUUGGAGGUAAAUAUGGCGUUCGUGGUUUUCCAACAAUUAAGAUCUUUGGACUUGACAGUAAACCGGAAGAUUAUAAUGGCCCAAGAACCGCAGCUGGUAUUGUUGAUGCUGCAUUAAAUACCGUCAGUCAAAAAGCUCGAAGAGCCUUAAGUGGCAAAAAGGCAGAAAGUGAUUCUAAGAGUAAAGAUUCCAAGGAUGUAAUAGAAUUGACGGAUGAAAACUUUGAUAAAAACAUUUUGAAUUCUGAGGAUAUGUGGUUAGUUGAAUUUUAUGCUCCUUGGUGUGGCCACUGUAAAAAUCUGGCACCUGAAUGGGCAGCAGCAGCUACCGAACUGAAAGGCAAAGUGAAAUUAGGAGCUUUGGAUGCUACUGUAAACACAUUGAAAGCUAGUAAAUAUGAAAUCAGGGGUUAUCCUACCAUCAAAUACUUUGCACCAGGUAAAAAAGACGCUGAUUCGGUACAGGAAUAUGACGGCGGUCGCACGAGCGGCGAUAUCGUUAACUGGGCGCUCGAAAAAUUAGCGGAGAAUAUCCCGGCGCCAGAAGUGAUUCAAAUUACGUCUGAGAAGAACUUGAGAAAUGCUUGCGAAGACAAACCAAUCUGCGUGGUCUCUGUUCUACCCCAUAUCCUAGACUGUCAAUCUGAUUGUAGGAACGAUUACUUGAAGAUUCUGAAUAAUCUCGGGGAGAAAUACAAGAAGAAGAUGUGGGGAUGGGUUUGGUCCGAAGCUGGUGCUCAAACAAACAUUGAAGACGCUUUAGAAAUCGGAGGUUUCGGUUAUCCUGCAUUAGCGGCUGUCAAUAUCAAAAAGAUGAAGUACUCCUUGCUGAAGGGCAGUUUCUCAUAUGACGGAAUUAAUGAAUUUCUACGAGACUUGAGUUAUGGCAGAGGUGGUACUGCACCUUUAAAAGGUGCUCAAUUGCCUGUUAUUUUCGAAACAACGGCUUGGGAUGGCAAGGACGCUGAACCUCCGCAAGAGGAAGAGAUCGAUCUUAGCGAUGUUGUUCUAGAUGAGAAGGACGAACUAUAAAUAAUUAAGAGCCGGUUAAAUUCUUUUUAGAAGAAUUUGCCACAUGUGAAGUACAUUGUUUCUAUAUAAAGCUGAUUAGAAACAUUAAUCGUGAAUCGCAGUAUAAACCUCACUCGCUCGGAAAAUUUAUUUUAUCAGAUUUAACAUCUGUACUUGUAAGAUUCUACAUCGAUUCAAUAAUUUCGUGAUAAAACUUAUGGUACAAUGAUAAAGAGCAAUUCCAUUAUUUGAUGAUUUUUGUACGAAGACUUAAUAUAACAUAUAUAUAUACAUAUAUAUAUAUAUGUAUAUAUAUACACGAUAUAGUUAUUUGUCGCUCUGUGUCUAAGAAAAACUAAUUCUCAGGUGCAAUUAUCCAUUUUUAUAAAAACACAUGUUUAAUUAACUCUUCCAUCUGAAAGCUAAUUUUAGUCAAUUUUCAAUAAAGUUUUAUAUUGAGUUGCUUUAGUAAAUUUAAACUAGUCUAGACUCGGCAUAAACAUAUCCAUACAAUUCUCAUAUUCUCAUUGUUUUUUAUGUGUUUAAAUAGAGAAAAAAGAAAGGAUUCUUAAUAUAAAAAAGGAGUUC